AUUCCCACUAUACUCAAUUGGCUUCUCCUACCAACCCAGCUGAGUAAAAGUCCUGUCUGUUCUGACACUUCGGCUGACAGGAAGUAAACACCCUCCUUUGAUUGGAUGUUUGGGUGCUCCUGACUCUGGGGAAGGUCUGCUCCUCCAAGCACUGUUUAAAACCUCUUUCCUGCUAGUUUCAGCCCUGCCCUUGAGUCUUUACAAACCAGUCUGGCCUCUCUGCCACAGAAAGCUUCUAAAUAUUUGAAGGAAGCCAGAUAUGUUAUCUACCCACCUUCCCUCUUAUCAUAAUUAAAUAUGCCAGCUUUCAGCUUCCUGGUGGUUUCCCAUCCUGCCCAGCCCCGACUGUUCCCUGCCUUCAUUCCAGCCAGAACAGUUCUCAGAGCUAAGGAGGUUUUUGGUUGCUGAGCCUUCCUCACAGGCUUUCACGCUGACACCUGCUCUGUCCACACCCAAUCUUGCUUGCAGAGAUGGAGUCUGCAGCCUGUCCUCUCAAUGUGACCCUGAAGGAAGAGCUAGAGGAGGAAGAGAUUCGGAGCCGGGAACUGGAAGAUGGCCCCACAGAUAUGCAAAAGGUCCGAAUCUGUUCAGAGGGUGGAUGGGUACCAGCCCUGUUUGAUGAGGUGGCCAUAUAUUUUUCCGACGAGGAGUGGGAAGUUUUAACAGAGCAACAAAAGGCUCUGUACCGGGAAGUCAUGAGGAUGAAUUAUGAAACUGUCCUGUCCCUCGAAUUCCCAUUCCCUAAACCGGACAUGAUCAGCCGGCUGGAACGGGAGGAGGAGUCUCAAAAUUCUGAUGAGUGGCAGCUCCAAAGAGCAACCUUUGCAGAAAAUGAAGACUCUGACCUUAAGCCCGCCGACUGGGCAAGCCCCAUGCAUACUGCCUCCCAGUUUCCCCCACCCCAGCACCUGGACAGAUUCAGCCUGCGUCUGCCUCGGUGCAUCACAGAGCUGCCAGAGUGGAGUGAGGGUUACCCCUUCUACAUGGCCAUGGGGUUCCCUGGGUAUGACUUCUCAGCCGAUGACCUGGCUGGGAAGUUUCAGUUCAAUCGAGGCAUGCGCCGAAGUUACGAUGCUGGAUUCAAGCUGAUGGUAGUAGAGUAUGCCGAGAGCACCAACAACUGUCAGGCUGCGAAGCAGUUCGGGGUAUUGGAAAAAAAUGUUCGAGACUGGCGUAAAGUGAAACCACAGCUCCAAAACGCACAUGCCAUGCGGCGGGCAUUCCGAGGCCCCAAGAACGGGAGGUUUGCCCUGGUGGACCAGCGUGUGGCUGAGUAUGUCCGGUACAUGCAGGCCAAGGGGGACCCUAUCACCAGGGAAGCCAUGCAGCUGAAAGCUCUGGAGAUUGCCCAGGAGAUGAACAUUCCAGAGAAAGGGUUCAAGGCAAGCCUGGGUUGGUGUCGGAGGAUGAUGAGGAGGUAUGACCUGUCUCUGAGGCACAAAGUGCCCGUGCCCCAGCACCUGCCUGAAGACCUGACUGAGAAGCUCAUCACAUAUCAGCGCAGCGUGCUGGCUCUGCGCAGGGCCCACGACUAUGUGGUGGCACAGAUGGGAAACGCAGAUGAGACGCCGAUCUGCUUAGAGGUGCCAUCUAGGGUGACUGUGGACAAUCAGGGUGAAAAGCCUGUCUUGGUGAAGACACCGGGCAGGGAGAAACUGAAGAUCACCGCGAUGCUGGGUGUCUUGGCUGAUGGGAGGAAGUUACCUCCGUACAUCAUUUUGAGGGGGACGUAUAUCCCCCCUGGGAAGUUCCCCAGUGGGAUGGAGAUCCGCUGCCACCGCUACGGGUGGAUGACGGAGGACUUGAUGCAGGACUGGUUGGAAGUAGUGUGGAGGCGGAGGACAGGAGCUUCGGGAACUAUACCCAAGCAGCGAGGGAUGCUGAUCCUGAACGGCUUCCGGGGCCACGCCACCGACUCAGUGAAGACCUCCAUGGAAAGCAUGAACACCGACAUGGUGAUCAUCCCCGGGGGCCUGACCUCGCAGCUGCAGGUGCUGGAUGUGGUGGUCUACAAACCACUCAAUGACAGCGUGCGGGCCCAGUACUCCAACUGGCUUCUGGCUGGGAACCUGGCGCUGAGCCCCACAGGGAAUGCCAAGAAGCCUCCCCUGGGCCUCUUCCUGGAGUGGGUCAUGGUUGCAUGGAACAGCAUCUCAAGUGAGUCCAUUGUCCAAGGGUUCAAGAAGUGCCACAUCUCCAGCAACUUGGAGGAGGAAGAUGAUGUGCUGUGGGAAAUUGAGAGUGAGCUGCCUGGAGGGGGUGAGCCACCAAAAGAAUGUGACACUGAAAGCAUGAUGGAAGGCCACUGAAGGACAAGUUCAGGUAACUGGCCAGCAGUAGAUGCUCAGUGUCUUCGCUGAAGGACAUUUGUGUUCACACUCGCCUCUCUCUUUUCCGUUUGUCUGUUGUCAGGUUGUCUCAGAGCCUGCGUGACAGAGGUGUCAUAUAGGUAAAACACCAUCCGUAUUUUCAGAUUGCUUGGCUUACUUUGUGUACAGUUUGUGGCCUGGACCCACGAGCGCUUGGAAUAUAUGUAAAAUGAGCACAGGGUAAGCUGCCAGAACAUUUCAUCUGAAAGUGCUAACACUGAGAGAGCUUAGUCAAGAAAGCACCCUUCAAAAAAAUUUGUUUGGAAAGAUGAGUUUUUUUCUUUCCCUUAUAAAUCAUGCUGAACGUUUACGGCCAGGAGGACCAAGGAAGGCAGUAGUGUGCUCUGGGCCUCAGAUCUCUGCCCUGGGGUGUUCUACACUGUUGACCCCAGGGAGAUGCAAGUUUAGCUUUCGAUUGCUUUUCCCCAGGGUUUUCCAUCAUCUUCGUGUCAUAUUCACCUUCAGGUGGAGCGAGCAGUUAUGGUGACUUCCUGUAGUGAGCAGAUGUCUUGAAGGUGUUUUUAAAUUGAAUCAUUGCACCGAGGGUUAAAAUAACAGUGUGUACUUAGGACUACAGUGAGUAAAGUUUGAAGGCUGAGAAUGACAGCACUGAGUUGAGAGCCACCCCCAGCAAAGGAGCGUGCGGCCUCCACUCACCACCCACCCCCACAACCCCCAAGAGAGCAGGAGUGGCCACGGGAGUGGGAGACAGGAAGACAGCCUGCUUUAACCCCCUCAGUCUCAUUUCCCUAAUUAUUAUCCAAGUACUCUGUGUCUCUAGACUUUUAACAUGGAUGAGGCCAUGCCUUUAACACAGGGCCUGAAACCAUCUUGACACCUUUUUUCUGUCCUAAAGUAUAAUUAGGUGUUUGCAUGCUACCUUUUCCUGCAAAAGAAAUGCUAAUAUGAAUCUUCUUCCAGCCCACUCUGCUGUAUAAGCAUGUCUGUGUGAAAGUGUGACUUACGCCUUCCUUUGGCCCAAAUCAAAUUGUACUCAUAUCACUGAAUUCAAUUCAGUCCCGAGAUCACUUGAUUACAGUAGAGCAAGUUCUUAUUCUUAUGCUCAAAAUCACUCAAUUUUUUUUUCUUUCAUGUCCCCCCUUUCAAAAAUCUUGUGAAUUCAGCCUUCCUUUUACACUAAUCCUUAUACUACCUCCAGUGAUUAUCAAACUUUGGAUUAGCUCGUUAAAUCAUUUCCUGUUUUUAAUUUCCCGCUCCUUGUUAGACAACAUUUUUGAGAAUUUUCAAUUUUCUACACUGUUUCCUAAACAAAGGACCAGAUCACUCAGAAAAGGAGAGGGAAGAUCUGCUGAGCUACAGCCAUGAGCUUCUGUCCCCUAUCCGCAUGAACUCUUGCGCCUCUAGAAAGGCACCGUCCUCUGGGGAUGGAAGUGAAUGAGAUGUAGGAGAUACCCUGGCACAAAACCGCCUCGUCAUCUAUCUGAAAAUCUAAUUAAUAGAAUUACUCUUAUUAAAAUACCCAGAAAGCCAAGGGUUAAUUCACGCUUAGGUUCUAUCUGUUUUCCAGCAAAUGGAUCUGUGGUGGAAACAGUUGGGGAGGAGAAUCCUCAAGAUUAUCCCUGAAAGUACAGAUUCACAGGAGCA